UAUAUGUAUGUAUACAAACAUUGUUGGUUUUCAACCAUUGUAUGGGUUGCUUAGUUGUAGUCAAUGAAAUGAAUUAUAUUUUCUCGCAAAAAAAAUUCCAAGCAAAUUUAAUUUCACACUUGACUAAACAAAUGUAUACAAUUGAAAAAAAAAAUGAUUAUAAGAGAUUUUGAAUAAGUGGUAUAGUAGAAUUGGAAGUCGGAGGGGAAAAUGGAGAUAAAACUUUAGGAAAUAUUAAAAUGAAUGGCUUUAUUUGUUGAGAAUAAACGAAGACAACACAUUUCAAUCUUAUAGAAGAAAGCAAAAUUGCAUCUGACAAGUUUAAAAGAUAUAGCCAGCUGAAUAUUCCCUGGUUUUAAGCAUCUUUCAAUAAAACAACAUGGCAAUUGAUUUGAUUACGCAGAGAAUUAUGCAAAUGGACACUGACUAUGUUAACGAAAUUCUAAAAAGGAACCCAGAUAAAAUCACUAUACCUGACAAACACGGUAACACACCUCUCCAUGUGGCCUGUAGUGUUGGGAACACGAGCCUAGUGAAGAAGAUGUUAAUGUUUAAACCCGAUAUUAAUGUGGUAGACAAAGGUCGUAACACUCCUCUACAUGUGGCCUGCCGUUGGGGACGCAUUGGUGUUAUCGAACAUCUCCUAGUUACUAAACCUGAUGUCACGGUAGUGAAUAGUUAUGGGAACACACCCCUACAUCUGGCCUGUAUUAAUGAACACAAAGACGCUGCUAAGAUACUACUACAGUCCAAUCCAAGAGUUCCUGUGGUGAAAAAUAAAUGGAAAAAAACUCUGAAUUUGCUCAAUAGUGAUGAAAGCAGAGACAUUGGUGAAAAACAAUCACAAUCCAAAUCUAAAGAUCCUGUAUUGAAAGAAAGUGGGAAAAUAUCUCCGGAUCAGUUCGACAGUGGUAAAAUUACUGACGAUGAGGAAGAACUAAAAGAGCCUCAUGUCGACUUGGUGAAUAAGUACAAACACACACCUCUGCAUUUGGCGUGUAUUAAUGGAAGUACAGGCCUAAUUAAACAGCUACUACUUUUUAAACCUGAUAUAAAUAUGGAGGAUAAAUAUGGUUACACACCCCUGCAUUGGUUUUGCUCUGGUGGACACACAGAUGUUGAAGUGCUAUUAACGUCUGAACCUGAUGUAAAUGUGACAGAUAGAGAUGGUAAUAUACCUCUCCACUUGGCCUGUCGUGGUGGGUACACAGACACAGUAAAACAGCUACUGCUCUCUAAAUCUGACAUAAAUCUAGUGAAUAGUGAUGGUAACACAUCUCUACAUCUGGCGUGUGGUCGUGGACAUGCAGACACGGUGAAGCAGCUACUGUCAUUUAAACCCAAUAUAAAUUUGGUGAAUAAUGAUAGUAAUACACCGCUACAUUUGGCCUGUAUUCGUGGACAGACAGACAUGGUGAAACAGCUACUGUUAUCUAAACCUAAUAUAAAUUUGGCGAAUAUUGAUGGUAACACACCACUACAUCUGGCCUGUGUUCGUGGACAGACAGACAUGGUGAAGCAGAUACUCCUGCUUGAACCUGAUGUAAAUGUACUGAAUAAUGAUGGUAACACACCGCUACACCUGGCUUGUCCUGAUGGAUACACGGACAUAGUGAAACAGCUAUUACAGUUUGAACUUGAUGUAAAUGUGGUGAAUAGAGAUGGUAACACACCUCUACAUUUGGCCUGUGGUCAUGGACACGCAAACAUAGCUAAGCACCUCCUAUUCUCUAAAUCUGAUGUUAAUGUGGAAGAUAAAGAUGGUAACACACCAUUACAUCUGGUUUGUCGUUGUGGACACAGAGACAUACUGAAAGACCUACUACUGUUUGACCCUGAUAUGAAUGUAGUGAAUAAAGAUGGUAACACGCCCCUACUUCUGCUCUGUGUUCACGGACAAGUAGACAUGGUAAAACAACUUCUGCUGUUUAAUCCUGAUGUAAAUGUAGCGAAUAAACAUGGCAACACAACUCUACAUGUGGCUUGUGGUCAUGGACACGCAGAUAUCUUGAAGGAGCUCCUACUAGCUAAAGCUACUGUCAAUGUGGAGAAUAAAGAUGGUAACACACCUCUGCUUCUAGCGUGCCGUAGGGGACAUACAGACAUGGUGAAACAGCUAAUCUUGUUUGAGUCUGAUGUAAAUACCACGAAUAAAGAUGGUAACACACCGCUACAUUUGGCAUGUGAUCGUGGACACAUAGAUAUCUUGAAGGAGCUCCUACUAAAUAAAGGUGCCGUCAAUGUGGCGAAUAAAGAUGGUAACACACCCCUACAUUUGACAUGUGUUCAUGGACUCACAGACAUAGUGAAGCAACUACUACUCUCUAAAGCUGAUGUAAGUGUUGUAGAUAAAGAUGGUAACACACCUUUACAUCUGGCCUGCCUUGGUGGACACAUGGACAUGGUGAAGCAGUUAUUGCUCUCUAAAUCUGAUGUAAGUGCGGUGGAUAAAGCUGGUAACACGCCCCUACAUCUAGCCAGUGCUCAGGGACACACAGACAUGGUAAAGCAGCUAUUACUCUCUAACGCUGAUACAGAUGCGAUGAAUAAAGAUGGUAAGACACCUCUAUAUCUGGCUAGUAGUAAUGGAGACAUAGACGUGAUGAAGCAGCUCCUACUAUACAAACUGAAGUAAAUGUGGCGAAUAAAGAUGGUGUCGCACAUAUAUAUCCGGCAUGAGUUGGGAAAGCACAGGCGAUGUGAAAGUGCUCUUGUUGUCAAAAGCUGAAGUCAAUGUCGUGGAUAAUCGUAUUACCACAUCUCUGCAUUACCUUUUCUACUAUGGGCCCCAAGUCAAUACCAUAGAUUCAUCUUUGGUGUCCAAGUACCAGCAGCUCAAAGAACAACCACAUGUACAGUAUUUCUGGAGUUACGUUGAAACAUGGUCUUUGAAUGUGGCAACACCACUUGUAAAGAAUGUGGAGUACAACUUCAGCAGUGAUCACACAUUAACUCCUAUAUUCUGAUUUAGGAGUUAAUGGUUUUCGUCUUUAUCACUCACGUUCAAUCAGAGCACUACCCCUGAUCACACAAACCAAACAACCACAUCUGAAUUGGAACUCCAUCAUGUUUUAUAAGAUUUUCUUUUUAUCAAACUUGAGAAAUAUUUAAACUAUAACAUUAACGACAAUAAAAAAAUCCUCAUUUGUA